CCUCCUCAAGCCGAUGAGGAACGCAGACAUCAACACACUGGGGGAGGCCAUGGAGCUGGGCCUGGGUGUUGAGCUCCAUCAAGUCACCUGGGACGAUCUGAAGGUCGGCUGCGAUCAUACAAGAGACACCGUCAUGAGCAAUGUUUUGCGGCGUGCGACGAUCCAGGAGAGCGCCAUUACUACGAUCAGCGAGACGGUGGCACGCGGUCGGCGGACCAUCAGCCUUCAAAUGCGUGGCACUGUCGACUAUCACCUCAAAACCAAAAGGGAAGAAAAGACAGCCCCUGGGAUCCACAUCCUGCCCGUCGGAAAGUGCCUCCCGACCACCCCAACGUCGUGGAUCGUGCUCCGCAAGGGUUCGGUCCUCGCGCCGACAGUCAGAGUGCUGGUCAACCGCAUGAUGGCCGCGGGGCUGAUCGAGCUCUGGAUAUCCAGAUUCACUCCAGAGGGCACGAGGCCCGCACAUCGUAAUGUAGCUCUCGCAGUGAAAAAUCUGGAGCCGUCAUGGAAGCUGCUGGCGCUGGGCCACGCCGUUGCGCUGCUGGUGUUCUUGGGCGAGCUCGCCGUGUUCCGGAGACGCCCCCACCCUCGAGCUGAAGUUUUCACUAAGUUAGGAUCAAGGCUAUUUGAAUACAAGAAUUUUCAAUAG